AUGCAGCCGCGGCUCUCUUUUUACGUUCUCCCCGGUGGGCCCACUAGCGCCAUUGCCGCUGAGGCCGCAGGUGCGUCGCCAAGCGGCUACAAUGGCCCCAUGAUUGACCCUCAUUGUCAGGGACUGACUUCUCCGGUGUCGUCAAACGUGUCCGUCAAGUGGAACGAGGAAAGCAUCAGGCGCACUUUACACCCGCCAGACAAGGACUACGGCCUGAUGAAGGUGUCCGAGCCAAAGACGCCCUUCAUUUACGACGAAGCCAAGACAAAGAGCCCCGUCAGGGCCGAGGUUUUGGCGCAAAGACGCUGGAUGCUGCCCGAGCCCAGCGUAAGAAUGAUGCAAACAUGUCGGAAGCUGGGAGAGAACGCCAACUGGAAUUCGAGAAGAAGAGGAAGAUGCACUACGUACGAAUUCUUCGCCAUCAAGGAAGCGCGAGAGACGGUGAAGAAGGGCCAGUCUGAGGAGCAGGCCGAGGGCGAGGUGGCCCAGGAGGAGGCCGAGAUGCUGGCUAAGGCCCAGGAAGAAGAGGCCACAGAGAAGGCGGCUGAGGCCAGGGCCAAGGCCGGGGCAGCGGCCAUUGCAAGGGCAGUGGCGGCAGCGGCCGCAAAGGCGGCGUCAAACGUUGCCUGA